UUACAUGCAGAGCAUGCAGGACCGCAACGAGCAGCUCUACUACCGCAUGCUCGCGCAACACACGCACGAGCUCAUGCCGAUUGUGUACACGCCGACGGUCGGCCAGGCCUGCACAGAGUUUAGCCACAUUUACCGCCAGACGCCGCGCGGCCUGUACAUCUCGAUCAACGACCUUGGGCACGUGCGCGAGAUCCUCGACAACUGGCCCGAGGAGGACAUCCGCGCGAUCGUCUUUACGGACGGCGAGCGCAUUCUCGGCCUCGGCGACCUCGGUCUCAACGGCAUGGGCAUCCCGAUCGGCAAGCUCGCGCUCUACACGGCGUGCGCGGGCGUCCACCCCAAGUACUGCCUCCCCGUCACGAUCGACGUGGGCACCAACACGCAGAGCAUCCUCGACGACCCGUUCUACAUGGGCCUGCGCCAGAAGCGCGACCGGUCGUCGGCGUACGACGAGCUCAUUGACGAGUUUAUGAACGAGGCCAAGACCAAGUACGGCCCGCAGGUGCUGCUCCAGUUUGAAGAUUUUGGCAACACGAACGCGUUCCGCCUCCUCCACAAGUACCAGGAGACGCAUUGCACGUUCAACGACGACAUCCAGGGCACGGCCUCGGUCGUCCUCGGCGGUCUUUUCGCGGCCGAAGAGAUGACGCAGAAGCGCCUCUCGGAGCACACGUUUGUCUUUAUGGGCGCGGGCGAGGCUGGCACGGGUAUCGCCGACCUCAUCGCGAUGGCCAUCACGCAGGAAGACCCGGAGAAGAGCAUUGAGGAUGCGCGCCGCCAGAUCUCGCUCGUUGACUCCAAGGGCCUCGUCGUCGCGAGCCGCCUCGAAGAGCUCCAGCACCACAAGAUCAACUACGCCCACGACGUCGAGCCGGCGACGACCUUGAUCGAGACCAUUGAGCGCGUCCGCCCGUCCGUGCUCAUUGGCGUGUGCACGAUCGCCAAGACCUUCAACCAGGAGGUCUGCGAGAAAAUGGCCGAGCUCAACGAGCGCCCCGUCAUCUUUGCCCUCAGCAACCCGACCUCCAAGGCCGAGUGCACGGCCGAAGAGGCCUACAACUGGACCAACGGCCGCUGCGUCUUUGCGAGCGGGUCCCCGUUCGACCCGGUGACGUUCAACGACCAGGUCUUCGUCCCGGGCCAGGGCAACAACGCGUACGUCUUCCCAGGCAUCGGCCUUGGCGUCGUCGCGGCCGGCCUCACGCGCGUCGAUGACACGAUCAUGCUUGUUGCGGCGCGCACGCUCGCGGACCGCGUCACGCAAGAGGACCUCGCGACGGGUAGCGUGUACCCGCCGCUCUCCAAGAUCCGCGAGGUCUCGCUGUACAUUGCCGCGGCCGUCGCCAAGUACGGCUUCAAGCAGGGCUACGCGACCGUCGACGAACCGUCGAGCUGGACCGAGCUGUGCCAAAACGCCAUGUACAACCCGUAAUUUUGCCGUAAUUCAACUUUUUGCAUGUCUUUUCUAC